AUGACCUCCUCCACCGCCUCUGCCUUUGAUGCGCUCUGUGGCGAGCUUGAAGUUGUCCGCCAGCGCGCGGGUGGCCGCCGCGGCAAGACUAAGCGGCAUGCGCUUCUUGAGCUGGAGGAGGUGCUCGGACAUGGCUUUGCCCGCCUUGGCGCUGUGGCCAUGCGCAGGCUGCGGCAGGUGGCCUGGGACAUUGGCGUCACCGCCAUGGUCUUUGACACUGUCGCCGACGCGGCAGAGGCCCGUGGGAGCGAGACUGGCUGGGACGUGACGCAGCGGCUCGUCCACAUUGCUGGCACGCUCAUCUCGGGUCUUGGCCGUGCCUCGGCCUACCUUGCCGACCGCCGCCUUGGGGCCGUUCUCAUGCGCCUCGUCGCCGACUGCCCACUCCCGGCCGUCGCCACCGCACUCAUCCACUCGGUCUCGGACGUGCUAGGCUUUGGUCGCGGCCGCGGCCCGGUCCGCACUCAUGCUGUUCGUGAUGCUGCAUCGACACGCGCCUUUGAAUCGCUUCUCUCGCGCCUCCGCCACCCGAUUCCGCUCUCUGCCGUCCUGCGCCUCCUUCGCCGGAUUGUGGCCUCGUCGCCGGCCGCGCUCCGCGCCUUUGUCAACGCCAACGGUGGCGCCGACUCGAUGCUCCUUGACAUGCUAGCCUCGUCGCACAAUCCCUCAGUUCUCAUGCGGGUUCUCGACGUCAUCACCGCGCUCGUCAUGGCCUCGUCGGACGAGCGCGACUUUUAUAUGCGUGCCAACGUGUCAGCCGCCGCCGCUGCGGUCGCGCACAAGGUCGAGGGUCACGCGAGCCUGCUGCUCGACGUGACAACCGCCGACUCGCCCAAGAAGCGGCUCGCCGACCUUGCCGCCGCCGCUCGGCUUGUACAGAAUGCGUGGCGGAGCCACCGGGCGUGGCGGGCAUGGAAGCUCCUUAAGAGCUACGUGGUGCGGGUCCAGCGCAAGCUGCGCGGCCGCAUCGAGGCCUCGCGCGCUGCUGCCGCCCGCGGCCGUGACUCGCAGUGGACCACUGUUGCCACCAAGCACAAGGCCAAAGCGCGCGAGCUGAAGCGCAAGCAGGAAGAGCUUGAGUUUGUGGCCCAGCUUCCGGCCGACAGGGUGAGCGGGUGGAAGCGAAUCCGCGCCGCCAUCCUCAUCCAGCAGGUGUGGCGGAAGCGGCUUCAAGCCAUCCGCGAGCGGAAGGCCCAGGCGAGCGGAGCCGCUCGAGACAAGCCGGACGUGGGAGAAGGUGACGGCGCAGAUGCCGAGAACGUGGUGCCCGAGGCCGAUCCGGCCGACGUCGGCCUCCCGACUCGGAAGCCGCUGACCGCGCAGCGGCUCCGGGCCCACCACGAUGCCAUCCGCACCAAGCUCGCACACUACAAGACAGUCUCUGGGCCGACGUCGGCCAAGAAGCUCGCCGAGCUGCGGGUCCGGGUCGAGGACGCAACCAGUGCAGCCCAGCGCCGAGCUGCGAUCCUGCCGAGCUGA